AUGCAGCCAGACGGCGGGGAGCCUGCCGAGGCCUCGCCGGUCUUUAAGAAGCGGGGGCACCGUGGAAAAGUGACCAAGAUCUCAGCCACAGCCUUGCCGGACGAUGCGGCAGAUAACGCGUCGCCAGAUGAUGGAGAAAAAUCGGCUAGUCCGGCGGUCGACGAGCUCGUCACCCUGCGCAACCUCUUGCGCAAGCCAACAGGCAUCGAGCUCAGCCAGCUCAACCAAGGUGACACGAAGAAAAAGGGGGGAGAGCAGGGGACAGCUGCGGGAGGAGACGCGCAUGCCAAUGCCAUACACAAACUCGUGCACAAGGACCAUUUUCAGGGCGAGACGCGCGCCAUGGAUGUGGACAAGCACAUGAUGGACUAUGUCGAGUCAGAAAUGCGCAAGCGGAAAUUGGGCGACGGGGGCGACAUGUCGAAAGAAGGGCUUCAAAAACGCAUGGUAGACCCGGCAGACGAGCUCUUCCAAGUCGCGGAAAAGUACCGCAAGCUGCAGCGUGAGGCACAGAGCGAACUUCCUUCGCAGACAUCUCGCCCUAGCGCCGAAGGCCACUCGACUCUAAGUGCUGCCAUGCUCAGUAAGGUGCCCGAAAUUGAUCUCGGCAUCAGUGCGCGCCUGCAAAACAUUGAGGCCACAGAGAAGGCGAAGCGCGAGCUCUAUGAAAAGCGACAGAUUUUCCGCGCCAACGCCCGCACGCCGUCGGCACGCGACGAGGCGGCGCUUUUGCGAGAUGCGCGCCGCGAGGCCCACGGCGAGCCGAUACCCCCCCGCCCCGAGCCGCGUCCCCGGCACGAGCAGGCGAGCGAUGACCGGGUGCUGGGCCGCUUUAAGAAGCGGCAGCGCUCGUUUCGGUAG